CACCCACAUCUCCUCCCGCUUUGUCUGGCCCGCCAUUUUUUUCGCGGCACGAAUUUGACGACGACAUCCCCAACGCCUGCUUGACCACCGUUUUUCCCAAGCAACCACCCCUUUAACUCAGAUAAAAUGGCCAAGCUUUCUCGUGGUGCCCCUGGUGGCAAGCUCAAGAUGACCCUGGGUCUCCCAGUUGGUGCCAUCAUGAACUGCGCAGACAACUCGGGCGCGCGCAACUUGUACAUCAUCUCGGUCAAGGGUAUCGGUGCCCGCCUGAACAGGCUGCCGGCCGGCGGUGUCGGCGACAUGGUCAUGGCGACCGUCAAGAAGGGCAAGCCUGAGCUGAGGAAGAAGGUCCACCCCGCCGUCAUCGUCCGCCAGUCCAAGCCCUGGAAGCGCACCGACGGUGUCUUCCUGUACUUUGAGGACAACGCCGGCGUCAUCGUCAACCCCAAGGGUGAGAUGAAGGGCUCUGCCAUCACCGGCCCCGUUGGCAAGGAGGCUGCCGAGCUGUGGCCCCGUAUUGCCAGCAACUCCGGUGUCGUCAUGUAAAUGGGUUUGUUUGUCGAAUGGAAUUUAUAGACGAGCGGGCACCAACCACAUUCCGCGGACAGGGAGCGUGGCUGGGUGGGUUGGUCUGGGCAGGAAUAAAAGGCGAUGUCGCCGGCCCUAUGCCGGUCCACGAUGACGAGGGAGGAAUUAAAGAUGGAUGGAUCUCGGGAAAGGAUACCUCGAGACGGGGCCGGGACACUGAACCUCUCUUGCACCACACUUCUUUUUGGGCAGGGCUUUGCAUUUCGGCUGGCUGGCGGCGUGUUACGGAAAACUCAUUCAUACCAUUGCCAAUGAUUUCAAGGACGGUCAAGACCAAGCUCUGGCUGAGAACUGAUGAUGAAAAUGUCAAUUGCGCAAAAUCGGUA